AUGGAGGCCUCGGCGGGCGGCGGGGCGGCGCGGCGCUGGUAUUUCAGCCGCGAGCAGUUGGACCGCAGCCCCUCGCGGCGAGCCGGUCUGGAUCCCGACAAGGAGCUCUCGUACCGCCAGCAGGCCGCCAACCUGCUGCAGGACAUGGGGCAGCGUCUCAACGUCUCCCAGCUCACCAUCAACACCGCCAUCGUGUACAUGCACCGCUUCUACAUGGUGCAGUCCUUCACUCAGUUCCACCGCAAUUCGGUGGCUCCUGCGGCGUUGUUCCUGGCUGCCAAAGUGGAGGAGCAGCCCAGGAAGCUGGAUUAUGUGAUCAAGGUGGCCCACGCCUGCCUGCACCCCCAGGAGCCGCCCCCCGACACCAGGAGCGAGGCCUACCUGCAGCAGGCGCAGGACCUGGUCAUCCUGGAGAGCAUCAUCCUGCAGACCCUGGGCUUUGAGAUCACCAUCGACCACCCGCACACCCACGUGGUGAAAUGCACGCAGCUCGUCAGAGCCAGCAAGGACUUGGCGCAGACGUCCUACUUCAUGGCUACCAACAGCCUGCACCUGACCACCUUCAGCCUGCAGUACACCCCUCCCGUUGUGGCCUGCGUCUGUAUCCACCUGGCUUGUAAAUGGUCCAACUGGGAGAUCCCAGUCUCCACGGACGGGAAGCACUGGUGGGAAUACGUUGAUGGCACUGUAACUCUGGAGCUCUUAGAUGACACGGCCACUUCGUGGGCUGAAGGGCUUCUGGUUUUGCCGUGGUUUCCAGCGCAGCGGCCGCUGUGGCGCGACAGAGAUGGCAAAAGGCACGGAGAGAUGAUCAAUGCGGUCAGUGGUGCCGGCUGUCGCACCGCCCCUCCUCGAGUAGCUCCACGCCAUCAACUGACCCAUGAAUUCCUGCAGAUCCUCGAGAAAACCCCCAACCGGCUGAAGCGCAUCCGGAACUGGAGGGCCACGCAGGCGGCCAGGAAAUCCAAAGCCGACGAGCACGGCGAAGACGAGGGGCUGUCGGAGCAGACCAUCCUCAACAUGAUCUCCAGGAACAACAGCUCGGAUAUGAACAUCGCGGGGCUGAUGAGCAUGUCCACGUCCUGCGCCGCCUCCGCGGGGCCCUCGCUGCCGGCGCCCGCCGACUCUCCCGGCGCUCCGAGCGCGGCGGACGCGGCCCCGGCCGAGCGCUGGCUGUCGCAGCACCCCGCGUCCAAGCUGGAGGCGGCGCAGAGCCACCGGACGGCCGAGGGCGCGGCGGGGGCGGAGCAGCAGCCCUGCCCGCAGCAGCAGGACGGCGGCGGCUACGGCAAGCAGGGCGCCAAGAGCGCGCCGUCGGCCAAGGUGUCGCUGAAGGAAUACCGCGCCAAGCACGCCGAGGAGCUGGCGGCGCAGAAGAGGCAGCUGGAGAACAUGGAGGCCAACGUGCGCUCGCAGUACGCGUACGCGGCCAAGAACCUCCUGGUGCAGCAGCAGAGGGAGAGGGAGGUGCAGCAGGACGGCAACCCGUCGCCCAUCAUCCUGAAGAUCCCCAUCGCCGAGAACCCCGAGCGCCCCCCGGGCCCCGACAAGGGCGACAAAAGCGCGGCGCUGAAGCUGAGGAUCCCGAUGGGGGGCGCCGGGGCGGAGCGGCCGCUGCCCUCCAAGCAGGAGGAGAUCAAGAUGCGCAUCAAGGUGCCCGGCGAGCGGCCGGACGACGGCGGCGCCAAGAGCCGGGCGGAGCACAAGGAGAAGCACAAGGGCCACUCGUCCAACCACCACCACCACAACCACCACUCGCACAAACAUUUGCACCCGCAGCUCGGCGCCGGGCCCAGCGCCGCGCUCGGCAAGCGCCCGGCAGACUCGAAGCACGCGGCGCCGACGGCCGGCGCCGCCCCCCAUAAGAGCUACGGCCUCUUCGGCUCCUCCCGAAAGCGGCCGCCGCCGGAGGAGGGCGCGGCCCACGAGCACCCGCCCAAAGCCAGCAAAGGCCCCAAGGGCGCCGCGCCGCCGUUCCCCUUCCCGCACCUCCCGGGGCCGCACGGCUCCGACGCCGUCGCCGCGCUGCCCGCGCUGCCCUCGGCCCCCGGCAAAGCGCGGGGCGGCGCCCACGGCAAAUCGGACAAAGGACCCGCGGGGGCCAACGGCCACAACGCCUCCCAGCCCAGUGACUACCAGGAUACGGUCAACAUGCUGCACUCGCUGCUGAGCGCGCAGGGCGUGCAGCCCGGCCCGGCCCCCCCCUUCGAGUUCCACGCGUACGGGGAGCUCUUGAACCCCAGGCAAAGCGGCCGACCCGCCAACACGGACAGACCCCGACCCCCCCCCCCGCCCUCAGAACCUCCCCCUCCUCUGCCCCCCCUCCCCAAAUAGGGCCCUUUUUACUACUGAAUUCCUGCAGCCCCGACCCUGCGCUGACCGGGGGGUGGGGAGGGGGGGUGGGAGGAAGGGCUGGUUUGUUCUCCACUGCCUCACGAAGAACUUAUUUUAUUAUUAUAACUUUUAUUAUAUCGGUAUUCAGAGCGCGGAGAUGGCGAAGCUGUGAAGGGACGAAUCCUUCCCUCCUCCUCCUCGCUCCCUCCCUCGCCGCCUCCCCGUCGGCAGUGGCUCCGUCCCCGCUGCAGCCGAAGCCCCCGAAUGGGGGGGACCACGUCCUUGUGGGGGAAGAGGGGGAGG